AUGGCCCUGCAGUACUUUGGCCGCAUCCUCAUGACGCUCCAUCUUCUUCCCAACCUCCGCGCAGCCGCAAGCCCGCGCGUCGUCACCGUCCUCUCCGGCAACCUCCUUCACACAGCCCUCAACGUGGAUGACAUGACCCUCGACAAGCCCGGCGCCUGGGGCGGCAUCCGCUCGCAGACCCAGGUCGGCUCCCUGACGAACCUGGCACUCGAUCGCCUCGCCGCCGACCCUGCCAAUGCGAGCCUGUCCAUCACCCACGACUGGCCCGGCGCCGUCGACACAGGCAACGCCUACCGUCACUGGAACGGCCCCAGCCUCUGGGCGCCGCUGCCCCUGACGGCGCUGCUGAAGCCCAUCUACUGGAUCAUGGGUUACAGCCUCGACGAAACCGGACAGCGGCACCUGUACCUCGCCACGAGUGGGGACUUUGGCGGCCGGGGGCCCAAGGUUGAGAGCAUGCGAUGCCAAGUUCAAAAAGGGCCGUGUUUGAGAAGCUUAGAGACUCCGCGCAGGAGCGUGCCUGGACGAGAACCGAUGGAGAUACUGGAGCCCUUUCUGUGA